AUGGAUUUAUUUGAUCCAGUUUAUCCAUCCUUUUUUUCGCGCAUUGACAGCACCGCAUAUUGCAGGCCAUAUGGAGCUGCUGGCACUGGGCCAAUCUUCCGAAAUCUGCCGCUUUUUGGAUUCCUUGCCGGGCUGGUGUUAUUUUUCUUCUUCUUUUAUGUCUACCAGGCACAGAGUGCGGAGCUGAAUCUGGUGCGCGAUCAAGCCGAAUUUGAGAAGGCCCAGUACUCGAAAAUCAAGGCUGACAACAUUGAUUGCAGUACGGAGCUGAGAAAAGCAAAUGAUCAAUUGCAGGCUUAUGUCCCUGAAACGGAAAGGCUGCGCAAAGAAAAAAUGUAA